GGGGGAAAAGGGGAGAGAUCAAAAUCCAAAUCAGGAGAGGAGCGCGAUUGAGAAACUUGGAUUCGUCAGUCAAUUACCAAGAUUUGCUCUGAAAUUUCAAUCUGAGCCAUGGAUGAACAAAUGGUAUCAGAAAGGGUUAGACAAAAGCUACAAGAUGUGAAUACUGCUGCCCAAAAUUAUCUCUCUCCGGUCCAAGACCAUGUCAAUUUCACUCUACAGCAAGCGUACUUUAAAUGUGCAUAUGAGUGCUUCGAUAGGAGAAGAAGCCAACAAGAGAUCGGCAAUUGCGUUGAAAAUUGUAGUGUUCCUGUUGUUAGUGCGCAACAAAGAGUUGAGAAUGAGAUGGCCAAGUUUCAAGAAAGGUUGAGUAGGGCAUUGAUGGUCUGUCAAGACAAGUUUGAUGCAGCGAAGCUUCAACAGGCCAAAACUAGUGCACUCAACGAUUUGGAGUCAUGUGUUCAACAAACAACAGAAGAUGGGAUAAAGAUGCUUCCACUUCUUGCUGAACGAUUGAAGUCUUCCUUUUCUAUCAACAAUUAACUUAGCCGUUAUGUUGCCGGUUUGUUUUUAUCAGCACUCUUUGAUAUGAUGAGCCUAGGAGCCCUUCUAGAAUUGAUAAAUGACUUGAAAUUGCUGUAUGAGGUUCUAAUAACAGUUGUGUACUGAAGUUAUAAUUCUUGGUUUCUUUUUUAUAGGAA